GGGAUGGUAUCUGAUGCCACCUGCUGGCUGUUCUGUGUAAUGUCUCUGCUUUGCUUAGACUGGGGUGGGCAAACAUUUUUGCGUCAAGGACCACAUUGGGAUUUAGAAAUUCAACUGAGGGCCGCACAGAUUUCUUUUGGACAGAUUUGUUCGUCCAAAUCAAUUUGCGAGAAAGGGAAGUUAUUUGACAAUAUAAAGGCCCAUUACAAUAUAAAGGUCCAUUGUAAUUUCUCUGUACUUUAUAUCUUGUUUUAGACGUUCAAAAUAAUAAUUUCCCCCCCAAUGAUUAUUAUUUGUAAAAAUGUACUCCAACCUCCCACGGUCCGGAUUGAAUUGGCCCAGCCCACUAAGCUGUAACUGACCUGCAGUCAUUCCAUAUCUGAUUGUGUUGCACGGUGCAUCCCAACCUGCAGGAUCUCUAACCGGGGCCCUUGUGGUUCCAGACUCGUACUCGUCCUCUCACUCUGGACGGCGAGACUGGACGCCAGCGGGACCCUCGCCCCCGAGGAAGAGGGGCCACGGCCCCAACCUGCUGGAGCUAACAGAGUGGGGCACCCAGGCCAAGGUCCAUUGCUGCAGCUCAGCCCACGGGGGGAGCUCCGACAGCUCCCAGGAAUAACAGGUAAACAACACUUUUUUCCCCCCAGGGGUCUCUUGACAGAUAGUGGAACUAACAGUGGCAUUGUGCCACCCAUGAAUCCAAAAAACUCUACUUAGCUGUUUUGAUGUCCUCUACUGCCUAACGGUAAGGAUGUUACAGCAGUAGGCUCUCUCCAAAACCAUUGGGCUUGGGACUGGUUAGUCCCUUGUGGACAGACUGGUCUACAUAAACCUUCACACAAACAACUGGGGAAGGUGGGGGGUGGGUUUAGGCUAACCCCUCUGACCUCUCUAGGGUUAGCCAGACUCGUGGGACCCCGUGUCCCAGCUCCGCGAUUUCCCCUCGGAUACCCCGAACUAAGCAGAAGAACACACCUUUGGGGCUUAAAAUCUAAUCAAGCCCCCUUACCUAUCGGGCCUACAGGGCUUUGGGGAGGGGUUGGAUCAGGCAGAACCUCGAGCUGUUGUCCCAUGCCUUGAAAUGAUAACAUUAACAGGUGGCGGUCGUGGUCACAAAGCAAGACACUGUGUGAUCCACAAUAACCCAAACAUUAGAUUUAAACUUGACCUGACAGAAUGGCCAUUAGAACUCAUGUUAAGAUUCCAAGGGGGGAUCAUUUCAUCACGUUAUCUAGUGCAAAGGUGAUUGCAGGUUGGUAGAAACCAGAGAUUUGACAGAUGCUCUGUUGAUAAGUAAAGCGAUCAGAAAAUGGGAGUGCAUUGAUGUUUGACAGAAGAGGAUAAGAUUGGAGUGUUGUCAGUGAAUUGCAUCAGGACACCUGUUUGUAUUCACAUACGCAUUUGUGUGUUCUUUAUUUUUUAUUUUUUUUAGAUUGUUGAUGCACCUGUGACUCAACGCUGAUUGGAAGGAGAGCCCUCCACACACAGCCCUGCAUCAUUCCCUGUUUCGCCUCGUCCACGGGUCCGUCGACUGUCAGUAGCCACCGCCCAAACCUGCAAAAACAACGCAGACAGCAAAACAAACCGCAGUUGUUAGUUAGAUCUGCAGUAAAACGAUGCCCACCAAUACCAUAUCAACCUGUCAUCAAGGUUUCAGUGAUAUAUAUAGGCUGUAGAUCCAGCUGUUGCACUCAGUACACGCUGAAAUUUUCCUGCUGUGUUUUAUGUAGAAGAUCAGUAACCGUUUUUCUAUUGACGAGAGCGUGAUCAGUUCACUCUCCGAGGUUUGUGUGUGUGGUUCUAUUCUGUGCUGGUGUGGUUUAGGGCUAAGGGAAGCCUCACCCUGUAGCCGUGUAUCUUUUGACACAUGGUAUGAAGGGAAUCCUAAUGGUAAUAUGUCACGCCCCUGUCGCGUGCCUCAGUUUGCACGUAGAGUAUUUGACUCACUUCCUCGUUUGUCAAAAGAACUCCCUAUUAUGAACGUCCUCU